UGCCUUUAACUCCGCUUUAACCUCUUCUUCUGAAAACAUGUUUUCUGUUGUCUCUGGCGGGGUGGUUUGAUGCUCCCUUUCUUUCAAAAAUUGUGGGCCUGACCACCAGAGCUCUUCUUCUUUCAGCCUUGUUGCAGACUGACCUCUUGUUGUGAGAUCAGCUGGGUUAAGUUUCCCAUUACAAUGUGUCCAUAGUUCCGGAGGUGUCAAAGUUUGUAUCUCCAUGACCCUGUUCGCAACAAACUGUUUCCAUUUCUUUGAUGAGCUGCGAAUCCAAUGGAUCACUAUCAUGGAGUCUGACCACAUUUUGAGUUGGCUGAGUUGCAUAUUUAGUGCAUUCAAAAGGUUAUUUGCCAACCUUGCUCCAAUCAAGGCUCCCAUUAAUUCCAACCGUGGAAGUGUUAUUGUUUUGAUUGGUGCCACUCUUGACUUGGACGCUACCAGCGUGGUAACAGUCUCUUCUUCUGGUGUUUGUCCUUGCAGGUACGCAACUGCGCCAUAGGCCCUUUCGCUUGCAUCUGUGAAAACAUGGAGAACUUGUGAGAACUAAAUGCAUAUAUUUGAAGGAAAAACACGUUCUGGAAUAAAUGAAAUAUGUUACAUUAAUAUCUUUUAUCAGUAAACUAUUAACUAAAUUAUUGGUUCUGUGUGUUUAAAUGAAUUUGUAAAACACAUUCAAUAACCUCUCACAUAACUAAUUUGCACCUAAACCAUUUGUUACUAAAUAUUCAACAACUGGAGGAUCAGGAUUUUAAGUUCUUUCUGCAACUUUUCCACCAUAUCAUGCCUCAUGUGGACCUUCUCUAUGCCAAACUCCAGAAGAAGGUCAUAGAUUCAGUCUGUAUCCAGGAGAGCAUCCAACAGUUCCAGCAGGACAUUCAAAAGAUCAGAAAUUCUCUCCACUCCAUGGUUGGACAAAGCAGUGUAGGUAGUAGUCAGCCAGUGAAGAAGUGUCGGACACUCAGUGUAGAAGACCAUGAAAGGAUUGCUGCAGAGGUCUGUGAUAUCAUACUGGGACACACCAGGGAGCGCUUUUCUUUCACAAACCACCUUGUUAGUGCCACACUCCUGCAGGGGGACAGAUUUGAACAAUACAACACAGCAUUUCCUGAAGAUGCACUGAGCAUCACCUUAAAAGCCUAUCCAGUGCUCAAUCGAGGUAAGCUGAAGACAGAGCUUACUCUCAUCUACAGCAAGGACGAGUUCAAAGCCUGUUGUGGGGCUGUGGGCCUACUCCAGCUGUUUAUGGAAAACAAUCUAGAAGAAGUCUUUUCAGAAACUGUCACGCUCUUGAAGAUCCUCAUCACCACACCCAUGACCACAGCAGAAGCUGAAAGGUGCUUUUCAACUCUGAAAAGAAUCAAGACUUUUCUGAGAAACUCAAUGACUCAGGACAGGCUGAAUGCAUUGGCCAUGUUGUCAAUGGAGAAAAGACUAGUCACAGAGAUGACUGACUUUAACAAGAAUGUAAUUGAGAAAUUUGCAGGGCAGAAGGAAAGGAGGGCAAAAUUCAUGUUCAUAUAGUGCUAUUUUUUAAGAUUUGUUUUGUUUGUUUUUCAUUUGUUUGUUU